CUGCUUCGUAGACGUUCCUGAUCGGUCCGGCAUCUUGAAAUUCAACGGCCGGCCGGCGUAUACGUUCGACGAACCGGCACGUCACGAUCCCCCACUUCCCACUUUCGUCAGGUUUCUCGUCUCGAUUUCCCGUCGUCUCGUUCUCACUCAAUCGCGGCUAGUCGACACCGCAUGGUUCUGUGUUCCAUUUCGACCUUGCUACAUAUUAUUUGCAAAUUUAUUAUGGCGGAGAACAAGGAACGCACCUUUAUCAUGGUCAAGCCAGACGGCGUGCAACGUGGUCUGGUUGGCAAAAUUAUCCAACGAUUUGAGGAGAAGGGCUUUAAACUGGUGGCUAUGAGGAUGGUCUGGCCUACUGAUGAGCUCUUGAAGCAGCAUUACGCUGAUCUAGCAUCAAGGCCUUUCUUCCCUGGUUUGAUCACAUACAUGAGUUCAGGACCAGUUGUGCCGAUGGUUUGGGAAGGUUUGAAUGUCGUGAAAACUGGUCGCGUGAUGCUUGGCGAGACGAAUCCAAAGGAUUCCGCACCCGGUACAAUCCGCGGCGAUUUUUGCAUACAAGUCGGUCGGAAUAUCAUCCAUGGUUCCGAUUCUGUCGAAUCAGCCAAGAAGGAGAUCAAUCUAUGGUUCGGCGAGAAGGAAGUGAUCGACUGGACGCGCGCGUCCGAGAAAUGGAUCUACGAGUAAAGAUUGGAUUCUCUCUCUGAUGGAGAAAAAUUUUCCCAGAAGACAUCAUCUCUCUAUAAAGCCUUUAGAGAAUCUUCCCAAACUUAUACUGCCAGCCAAAUUACAUACAAAUAAUUCGAAUUAUUGGAAGGCUGAGAUUUGAAUAAAAAUAACUUAUUUGUAAAGAAUGAAUAAAAGAUUAUGGAAUUCUUUAUCAAAAAUUUUGAGAUGUGAAAUUAUAGGGUUAUCUCUAAGGUUAUCGCAUUGUCAAAAUAUUUAAGAAGAUAUAAAAUUGCUGAAAUAAUUCAUAUCCCAAUUUUGGGUGUAGAAGCUAUUAUAAUAAAAUAUGAAAGAAUAUAAAAUCAAUUUUUAGUAAAGAUAUAAGAUUACUAAAGGCCUCCGCACAAUCGAAAAUAUAAGAAACAGGGAACAAAUAUUAGAGAUAAGAACUGACUUGACUUUUGUUAAAAUAACUUUACAGUAUUUUAAAGUAAAGUAACGUUACUUUAAAGUAACUUAUAAGCUAUGUACACACCACAUAACCUGGAAAAUUGAAAGAAAAGUUACUUUAACAAAAGUCACGUCAGUCCUUAUUUCUAAUAUUUGUUCCAUGUUUCUUAUAUUUUCGAUUGUGCGGGAGCCUUUAAUUACAAGCGGAGAAAAUCUGUCGCCAAAAAAAUAGUGUGUUAUAAUUUAAAUAAUUGAAAGUUGUAUAGUAAAAAAAGAAACAAUAAACUGCAGAACUUUGAGAAA